AUGACGGUGGACGACGAAAACUCUAUAUACGUUGGUGGGCUUCCUUACAGCGCCACGGAAGACACCCUUCGCAGAGUCUUCAGUUUCUACGGCGCCAUCGUCGCCGUCAAGAUUAUUAAUAACCGUGCGACAAGAGGAAAGUGCUAUGGCUUUGUUACUUUCAGAAAUCCCAGAUCAGUGAUUGAUGCAAUUGAUGAUAUGAAUGGCAAGGCUAUUGAUGGAAGACCUGUGAGAGUGAACGGUGUAACAACUGGAGGAAGACCGAAUUUCGGUCGUGAACUGUUCCGACAUGAUGUAGAGAGGAGAAUGGAUUGGGACAGGGAUAGAGAUCGAGGAAGGGAUUAUGAUGAUGUUGAUGAUAGGGACAGUUAUCAUGAGCAUUACAGUGAUAGGUCAAGAGAACUUGAUCGGUCCUGGGAUGAGGAUAGAGAAAGAGAAUAUGAACGUGAACGUAUGCAUGAGCACGAGCGUGAUCAUGAUCGCACUGGGGAUGGAUUCAUGGAUAGAGAUCGAGUCCAAGACAGAGUCGAGAACGAACAAGACCUAGGUAGGAAUGUUGAUUGGAACUGGGAACGAGGUCGUGAUUCAGGCUCGGUAGGCAGGGAGGUGGAUGGAAGCAAUGAUGAUGAUAGAAUUGCUGACAAGGAUCAGCUCUCAAGGAAGCCAAAUGGUUCAACGUACAACGACAGGUCUACCAGGGUUAUAUCACUUGAGCUGGGCGUUGAUUAUGAUGAUGAUGAGGUGAAAGUACAGCUUGACAGAUCAAUCCAGAGACAUGAUGAUCUGAAGAAGGAGAUUUCCCUGAUGGGAGGAAGGUUCGAAGACAAACAAAAACUUGUGUCCAGUCUGCAGAGAAAAGCUACGAAACUUGAAGAUGCAUUGGUUGGAGCCAAAAUGCGCACAUCCCAGCGGAAGGAACAGUUGGCCAAGCUCCACAAGUGCUACGUGCAAAUGAAGGAAUAUACUGAAAGACUUAAAAGCAGUGAACAUGAGCUUCAGACUCUUGUUGAUUCAACUCUGAUAGAAAGUGAUGUGGGCAUGGAAGUUGGGUAUUGA